UAUGUCAAAAAAAUUCAUCGUCGUUUACCGACAAUACCAUGUGCAUACAAUUGUUUUUGAAAUUCAAUUGGAAUUGUUCUUUUUGGAAAUUGUAUAAAAUUUCAUAUUUUCGGGUGUCUAAUCAUGGAUCUUGACCUGCAUGUACCCUCUCUGAAAAGUUAUUGAACACUUUCGAGAGACCAAAUACUAGCAGAGUCUGGAAGAAGAAUAACCAUAAAAUUAGUCAUAGUUUCGGUGUCACUUAUAUAGAUGAAUGAGAGCAAAACAAAAGGGUAGAUAAAAGCAGAGUGAUUAAAUCUUAUUAAUAUCUUAAACGGUAAGGUCUUAGAUUAUCUUAUCAAAAUCUUAAAGGAUAAGAUUUUAGAAGUGUCUAAGAUUUUUACUAGGAAUUAGGUGCAUAGUACUAAAAUCAAUGUGAUUUCACGCUAAUACUAGUGUAUUGUACCUAACUUUUGCAUUUGACAUAUCUUAAUCAUAUUAACUAAUCACUUUUGUGAAAGAUGUUCGAAUAAGAAGGAAGUGAUGAUCUACGUGUUAGCGUUGGAUGAUUAUAACGGUCGUUUUUUCUUUAUUUCAUUAUUUCGUAUUUAAUAUACACCCACUACUAUAUAGUGAUAUCUGACUCUUUCGAUACACAUUCUAGUUUUAAGAUUAUCAUGAGAAGAAGAUGAGAAAAUUUUUCUAUCAUAAAGAUUUUUAAACAAAAAAAUAGAAUAAACAGACAAUGACUUAAAGAAGUUCAUGUAUCUUACUUUUUAGUCCGUUCCUUUUUCAAUUCAUUAAUACUUAUAUAACAUUAUUCUUAAAAAGAAAUAGAAAAUGAAGUAUGAUUAAACUACCAUCCACCUACUCACAUUUGUAAGUGAAAUUGUAUGCCAGUAUUAAUAUAUAUAUAUAUAACUACAGCUUAUGUAUAGUGCGAUCAUGUUCACCAUCGAAGAUAAUAUAUUUACUAACUACAAAUGUAUAUUUUUUCAGAAGAAUAAUUUUCUAUCCAUCAUUUCAAACGUAUCCAACAACAUCACACAUAUAAUAGACAAAUUCAAGUAGGUACCACAUUCACUUUUAUACAUAUCAUACACAAAGUGAAUAAACUUUCUCAUCAAUCAGCAUUUAUUUAAGAAUAAGUAUUUUCAUUGAAUAUUGAUUGAAUCACGACUUAAUUCAUAUAAAAGAAAAGAUAGAAAUUACUUUUUGAGUCAAAGAUACAUAUAUUUUUCUACUUUUCACUCAUUUAUUAUUAGAUUUAAAAUAAUGAAAUUUAUUUUUCUAUGUUUUUUUAGUUAUUAUGGCAUUAACAUUUAAUAAUAUUUCAUUUUUCAUGGUAUUAGCAAUUUUUCUAAUAUUGCGUUGUCAAGCAAGAAGUAUUCAUUCUCUAAGUGAAUCUGCAGAACAUACACCAUCCGCCGCAUCAUUAGCUGAUUCAAAUAAUUUGAUUUAUCCAUCAAGUGAUUCAUCUUAUUUACAAGAUUUAUAUGAAAAUCGUCAACAUUAUUUACUUGAUAAUAAUGUCGAUAUGGUUCCAAUUAUGAUUAAUCCAAAUCUUUUAGCAUACAUGGCACAUUCAGACAGUAUUAAUAAUGAUUUAAUUUUACAAAAAUAUUGGGGAAAAUUGUAUCAUGAUUAUACUACAAAAUUCAAUCAACAACAACGACCAAUAACAAAAUUUAUACAAUUUCCAAAAAGAACAAUUCCAAUUGAAUUUCAAAAACAAUUGUAUGCACAUGGUAUUGUCGGUAAACGACGAUGA